AAAUCACAUUUCCCCAACAGUAUUUUCGAGCAAGCCAACACAAACAUUUACUUGUACAAAAAUUUUUAGUGAAGCCCGUAGAUUAAAUAAUCGUAGAUUGAAGCCAUCCAGGCCAACUAAACAGUCCUAAAAAAUUAAAAUGCAGAUCUAUGUUCAGACACGUGACGGCAAGAAGACCCUCUACAAGUCUUGCCGCUUUGGCACCGCUGGCGAUCUGAAGAUCCGCAUCGGUCGCUUGCUGGGCGUACCCAUGGGCUUCAGUCGAUUGGUGUUCAAGAAAAAGAUACUGAGCAACAGCGUGCAGCUCGAGGAAAUCGGUGUCAAGCAGAUGUCAACGCUGGAGCUCUAUUGGGAGCCGGUUAUCUGCACCGAGAAGAGGUUGCGCGAACUGGAGCUGGAGGAGGAAAUGAAGGAGUUGGAGGGUCACAACGUUCACGAGCACAUGUCGGAGAGCUACGAUCACAUGUUGAAGACAGGCGGCAUUUCUAGAUCGAGACUGUGCUGCCUGGAGCACCACCUGCCCCUGCCCCUGCCCCUGCCCCUAGCCAAAGUCGAGUCGGAAUCCUCCCCCAUCGCUCCCGCUGCAUCCGAUACUGAGCUUGUGGGCCACCCGGGAGGCAGCACUAAGUCCCUCCAGUCCCUGGAGUAUGAUGAAAAGGAUCUUGAAGUUUACUCCGAUCUGUCAGACGAUGAGCUCGAUCUAUUGGCUAUCUUUCGGCAAAAGUCCGAUAGGAAAUCGUUCGACGAGCUACCCUUCAAGGAUGAGCCCAUGCACGACCAAGCAGAGGGGGGAGUUGCCAUCAGCAGUACGGUUUUAGGCCUGAUUCCUGACUUGGACAUGGAGCCAGAGAAGGAGCCGGAGGAGUCGCAGGAUUGGAGCGAGCUGGAGAAGCGGAAGGAGUCUCAGGACUGGAGCAAGCUUGAGGAGCGAAAGGAAUCUCCGGAGCUAAAGCAGCCAAACGAGCUGGAGACGUGGGACGAGAUCUAUGGGGACCACGACUCCUCUGACCCAGACAAUGAGAAGAUCAUUGAAAGUCCUCACUAAAUACCGACAAUCAAAGCUGGUCUGCACCUGCACCGACGAGACUUCGACACCACUCCACUCCCCUCCACUGAAAGGAUCUCAAAAAAUAAGAAAAAAAACUACCUAAAUUUCAGUUAUAUUUCCACCCAAAUUCAUCCUUUCUGACUGAUCAAUAUAAGGUCUCAAUUUUCGUUUAAAUUUGGAUUCAAGCCGCUUUAAGUUUCAUCUUCAAGAAGAAUAUUAAUAAAUAUAAAUAAUCUACAUA